AUGCCCAAGCAAAGCCUGGGCGCACGAAGCCAGCAGUUUCCAGUAUUGCCAUCGACGUCGACCAACAAGGAUACUACUCCUGCCAAGAGGCCCAGAGAUGAAUUCAUUGAUACGAGGUUCAGGUUUGCAUCGGCGGCAUCAAAAUCCAAGAAAUUGAAACCCAGCGUAUCCAACCUCGUGUCUUCUCAUACUGCGCUUGCCUUGGAAUUGGAGGAAAAGAAGGAACACGAAUGUCACUUCACAUCCGCUUUACAGACCGCCUCACUCGACAAUCUAUCUAACCCAUUCAAACGACUUCACAGGAUUAUCGAGCCCCUCACUCGGAGCUUGCCGUUACUAAUUUACCAUCAAGAACAAGUCGUGCAUGCCUGCUGUGAAGCCCUGAUCGUGUCCGAAUCGCCCACCUCCGCCGAUCAGUCUCCAUCAGAAAUAAAACUUUCGGGGAAAACCAAGAGGAGCCAGUCCUCGGACCUCGAGAAAGAAAGGAAACGGCGUCUGAUUCAAGCGAAAGAAGCCGUCGAUCUCGUUGCAACCAGCGUCCUAGAUUUAUUCGUGCCCUUGAUCUUAGAUCUUUCAACCUCAUUGCUCACGCCCUCAAAGAUACCUGAAAACGUUGGUCGAUGUCCAUUCGAAGAACUACUGAUUACACUACUUUACUUCAUCAACUUGGCUGAUGUUGAGCCGAUCGCAUUGUCCAAAGCCUCCGAAGUCAUCGUUCACCUUUUCAAAACGUUAGCGAAGGACCUCACCCCAUCCUCACAAUCUGCCGACAAUGAAUCCGAGGAAAACUUUCAAAGACUCAAAAGUAUCUGGAAACUGGUCCGAAAUGCGCUCGGUGCGCCAUUGCCGAACUAUCAGGAUCUUGACAAAGUGGAUGAUGAGUCGCCCGAUGCCGAAGAAUCCGACUCGGAUCUUGAAGAUGAUGUGGAUCAGGCUGAAGAGGACCUCCUCGAUGAACUUAACAAGUCUCUUAUAGAACCCAACAAACCAAUAAACGCAGAAAACGCGGAUAUCGAUUUACCCGAAUUCAACGAAGCUGAUCAAAACGAUGAGACGAAACCACCGGAUGACCUGACUCCUGAUGGCCCUAAAGAAUUCCAGUUGAAUCAACUCGUCCAUCAGGUGCUCAAGUCGACUACGCCUUCAACUCGGAGACUCGUGGCGACCUCGUUUUCUUACCUGCUUCGUAAAAAGGGGAUCUCAGAGCCUCUGAUUAGAUUGAUGCUGAAAGAUUUGAAUACGAUCGAAAGCGAUGAGAUUGCAAAGCAUGAUAAUCUACAACCAAGGAAGCAAAAGAUCCAGGCGGCUCGCAGGGGGACUACUGUGCGGUCCUUGCUCGGCGAAGAGCACGGUGGUGCUCGUGUUUUUGCCGAGGGGAUCUGUUUGGCCCUAGGGGAGACAUGUAAAUCUGUCGAUCAUCGCUUACACUCUCGUGCCUCGGCUAUCGUAGUCGCCGCCGAUUCGCAGGUGGUCGAAAUGAGCCUUGCAGCACAUCACAACGCUUCUCGGCAACCCGCCCUGAUCCCAAGUGUUCUAAGCUCUUUAUUAAUCUCGAUAAUCCAUCACACCACUGCCGAAUAUUUUGAGCCACUUCUAGACUCACUUACCACCAGAGCAACAGAGAGGCUAACUGGAAUAAACUCUCAAGGUGCCCCGAAUAUUGCCGAGAACAGCUUAGUGGCGCUGGAAACAUCCAUCCAUUGUCUGGUAACAGUGUCCGGUGUUAGAAAUGGUUCCAGAUUAUCUUCCACGAAAAAGCCAACCCUCCUCAAGAUACUCUGCUCUAUGCUUGAUUUACUUUCCGACAAAAAAUUUAAACACACAAGCUCGCUGAGUUCCACUACUGCGCUGAUGUCUUUGAAUUUGUUAAGUUCAAUCAAAGACCACUCAGAAUUUCUCAGGGCGCCGGAGAACCGCAACGUACUGGACAAGUUAUUUGAACUUCAACGUCGACCCCUCUCUAUCGAAUAUGUUUUCAAGCUGGCAUCAUCCCUCCAUCGAUUGAACUGGCCAUUGUUCGACGACUUUUUCUUACCCAAACUACUCACCAUUAUCCCAAGCCAACUCUCGGAUUCAACUUUACAUUCAUCAUCAGAGUCUACCGCAAGCCUUCUGUCUGAUCUGCUAUCCACCCGAAAUGCUAAAUUGUUCGGCAAGGCUUUUGACGUGAUAUCCAAUAAAGUGGAAGAGGCGACAAAGGUCAUCCUCGAUCAUAUUUUAAACUUCCACUUAUCAUCGCCCAACACAGCCCUCGAACAACCACCCCAACCGACGAUGUCCCUCCAAGAAUGCUAUGAUUGGAUUUCCAUCUCAUCGAUCUUACCCACUGAACAUAUGACAGUCGACCAAACUCAGAUUGAAGAAUGGUGCCAGCGAGUUCUCGCGAUAUCACUUUCAUCUGAUGAAGAUAUGUCCGUGGGCCUUCGAAGAAAAUACAUUUCCGACUAUGAAUCCGGUGCUCCAAUCAACCGAACCAUGCUGUUAUCCACAAUGAUCAACGUGGCGCGCCGCCUCUUUUCCAAACAAGAGUCUCGUUUACGUCUCAUACUACUAGAUCGUCUGCCAUUUAUCGUACAAGUCUGGGGGUGGCAUCGAGGGAUUUUGAACACUGUCCGGGACAUCUGUAAGGAUGUCCAAAAUUGCUCUUCCAUUUCUGUACCAUUUGAGUCUAUGUAUCAGCCGCUGAAAGCUGCUUUAUUAUCCGAAAGCCAUGUUAUCCGCCAUCUUGCGCUAGAGAUAUUAUUGGCUUCUUCGCCAGCCGAAUCACCUUUGGAAGCCACGUUGAAGCAGUGCUUGAAGGUUGAAGACACUCCGCUGCUGGUUGAAAAUGCUCGAAUACGCCAGAUGCAUAUUCGCAAAUUGGCGACUAUGGCUCAGGCGAAUGGCGAAUCAGUCUCAUUAUCCCAUGUUGUCGACAUAACACAACGUGUUCUGAUCGCGCAACUGAAAGUACAUUUCCAGCCAGUUUGGGAGGAAUCCAUUCAGGCACUGACAAAUCUAAAUGGAAAGCAUCAAGCUAACUUUUGGACAUUGGUUUGGAGUCAACUCGAUCAGUGUCUUCGGGAUGCCUCAGAGAUUUACUUUACUCCUCGAGUACAAACCAUCAGUCACACCAUCGGGGACCAAAAUGAUUUAUCUAUCUCAACUUUUACGGAUCAACCAGAGUUCAGGUGCACUCACUUGGACAAAUUGAUAGAUCGUUUUUCUUCCGACUUUCGGAGUCUUACUCUUAUGGCUGCAUCCGAGCAUCAAUCCCUGGAUUCUCGCCUUGACAUUCAAAGCUACGAAGCCCAUUUGGUGGAUCUCUUAUCUCGAAAUCGCGUGAUCGCCGAAAAACACAACAGACUGAUCAUUGAGGCUUUCUUUACCUAUUGCCAAGCGAAAGAUGAGGAUCUAGAACAAGGACAUCUCUUGGGUAGAUCGGCCAGAAGUCGGUUACGUAAUUGGCUUCGGAUGUUCUCUAAAUUCACCAAUCCGAAGGCUUUCCAUCGCGCCCAGGAAUUACGGGCCGCAUUUUAUGAUCUAUUAGCUGAUCCAGACUCAGACCUACGCAGCUUGUCUUUGGAAUGCGUGUUAACAUGGCAGGAUAGCAGUCUUUUGCGACACCAGGAUGAUUUUCGGAAUCUCUUAGACUCGUCCCAAUUCCGGGACACCCUGCUGAAAAUGGCUCACGCAAUUGAAGAUAAUGUUUUGCCUGAUCAUGAACGAGAUGAGGUCAUUUCGGUCUUCACUCGCAUUCUUUUCGGAGCCUUGGUUGUUUCUCCUGGUCGUUCCUCGUCCUCUCACACCAAAAGUCUGAAGAAAUCAGCGAUUCUUUCCGCCUUCAAAGGAUGCUCGACUCAAGAGAUAGACCUACUCAUCGAACUGAUGCUCCGGCCACUCGCAUCUUCCGACAAUUCUCAAAGUCUGUCAGCUUCCGCGGUCAAAAGGCAAUUGGGCUUUUUAUCUCUGCUUGGAGACGUGAUGAAAACAUUGGGCCGUCAGCUUGUGCAUCGGUGGGAGGAUUUGCUGAACCAGAUAAUGCAAGUUGUUCAGCACAGCCAAUCGCACCUACAAACUUUGGUCAACGAUGCGCACUCGCAACGCGUCUUUUUAGAGAGUCAGCUCAAAAAAGUUCGAGUCCAAACUUUACACCGUCUGAACGAUUUUUUCCAGCUGUCACCACCAAGUUUUCCGUUCGACAAGUGGAUCAAUUCAAUGUUCGACGUGCUCAUCAAUCCGAGACUACCCACUUUUGCCGCAGAAACUGCUCAAGCUCCCUCUGCUCUUCUAGAGAUUUUUCUUACUUGGUCUAGUCGGAAAGAUUUGAUGCCGCUGUUAAUUCAUUACAACUCGCAAGUCCUUACCUCCGUUUACCAAACACUAGCAGUUGCAAACGUCAAGGCCCCUGUCGUCAAAACAGUGAUUGCAAUCCUUGAAAACAUCUUGCGCAAUCUCGAGUCGCAUCCGGAUGAACUUACAGCAGAGCAGUACCUUAAACCCUACUUCGAUGUUUUGCUUCCUAACCUGGCUGAAUUGUUGAGAAAGGCAUCGCACUCAAGUUCCUUGACCACGUCCAUCUCGCGACAACAGAUUUCCCUCUUGUCUACAAUCUCACCGUAUAUCAACGAGACUACCCAUUCCGAAAGAUUUUGCGAACUCAUCUUGCCUCUCCUUCUCAAGAAUCAAGUCAUAGUCCCAGAGCAUAUCCAAGCCGAUUUGCUCCAUCUUUUAUCUGGGUUUUUGUCGACAGCUCCCCAGGUGGCCUCUUCGACUUCAUCCUUCAACACUCUAUCGAAGCUGCUGGGAACUGUUAUGAGUCGAAAGGGCAGAAUUUCCCUGGUUCGCGCGGUUGAUUCAAUUUGUCAUCAUUCCACCCACUCGAUCAGCCCGAGAGUCAUCAAGCUUUUGCAAGACUUGAAUAGCUUUUCCACAAAGCGAAUCGACGAGCCGGACUUUGAAAGAAGAUUAAAUGCAUUCUCUCAACUAAACAGUCCCGAUGACAAAUCGAGCGCAGCGCUGACUCCAAAGGAAUGGGAACUACUCAUUCAGCACUCAUUAUUUCAGAUCCGAGACCCUGAUGAAUUGAGUUUACGAGGAAGUGCCGCUUCAGCUCUAUGUACCUUCUUGGCACUCGCUGAAUCUAAUCUAGAUGAUGGAGUUCAAAAGACCUUGAAAUUAGUCAUGCUUCCCGGCCUUAAGAAAGUGCUGAGCUCAAAGCUCGAAAUAAUUCGGCAAGAAGCUCUGACUGUUUUCGCUUGUGCGGUCGCGAAGCAAUUCCCUACCGUCUCUGAACUUGAAGAGAUGCGGUGCUUGUUGGUCGACGGGGACAAGGAAGCUAAUUUUUUCCUCAACAUCUAUCACAUUCAAGUUCACCGAAGGAUUCGAGCCCUCAGACGGCUGGGUGAUGAAGUAGAAGCUGGUCGCCUGAACAGCAAAUGUCUAUUGGAUAUUUUUCUUCCCCUCCUCGCACAUAUCUUCCUACCAACAGAUUCUUCGAGAAGUGAUCCCGACCUAGUGAAUGAGGCGAUUCGGACGAUAGGUCGGAUCACCAAAGGUUUGAACUGGUCGGCAUAUAACUCAGUAUUGCAGUUUUAUGUUAAACUCAUCCAUAAACCCACAACGGUCAACAAAGUAACGGUCCGAGUCGUCGUUUCGAUCAUGAAAAGUUUCCAUUUCAAUCUUCACGAUAAAUCAGACCCGGCUGGCACAAGAAACCUCACGUCUGCUCCAGAGCACGCCCAUGGUUUUGUUUCGGCCAAAUUGAUCCCCUCGUUGAUCAAGUUUAUGGAACAGCAGAAAGAGGAUGGACCAGACGAGAGUCUGAGGAUUAUGAUCGGGGAAGGCGUGGCACUUGUGGCUACAUUCCUUCCGGAAAGUGCCAGUCAAAAUGCGAUAUCAGGCAUCAUUUCAUCCCUAUCUAAUAUUCUCAAGUCUACUCAUCAAGAAACGCGUCAAUCAGCUAGAGCCACUGUAGGAAAUAUUGUCACCCUAUUGCCAGCAUCGUUCCUUGCGCAAGUUUUGAAGGAUUUGAAGGCAGUGCUGCUUCGAGGACCACAGUUGCAUAUUUUAGCCCACACGACAUAUACCAUUCUUUCUCGGACUAGCGAAUCAUCGAAAAAAAUCGAAAUUGACUCGCAGGCUUCCAAAAUACUAAUGUAUAUAGUGAUUGAUGAUCUGUUUGGGCAACCAUGGAGAGACCGGCAAUCCAAGGAACUCAAGGCAAAGACAAAAUUUAACGAAACCAAAACCUCUCGGUCGUUGGAAAGUCUUCAAAUGAUUAUAAGCAGUCUGGCUAAUUCUGAUAUCUUGACGGAUAUCUUGAUUUCCUUUCAACAAGUAUUGGAGACUACGGGAGCCACAAAAGCUCUGAAACAGGUCGAUGAAUGUUUUCAUCGGAUCUGCGCCGGCAUCGUAGCGAACAAAGAGAAAUUCGAUGCAUCAAAGAUCUUGAAUUUGGCAAGCAGUCUAAUUUCUGAGAACGUUGAAUACUUGAAAGAUAAAACUCAAAAGAAGAAGUCAUACGUCAUCAACCCCACUGAUCAUCGAGUUGUCCUAUCGACGAAGUCGAAAAAUUACGACGGUCAUUACGCUGCCAAUGCUCAUCACUUUGUCAGCCUGGGUCUCGAUCUUUUCAACACGGUCUAUCGUCGAGCUGUUUUUGACCUGCACAGUCCUCAAUACCUUCCAAUGAUUGAUAAGCUAGUUAGCGUGGUCGGUAACACUCUUUAUACCCAUAACACCGAUGUCCUAGCUCGAGGCCUUAAAGUGAUGAGUAUUCUAAUCAAGCUCCCCCUCCCUGAGGUCGAGAGGUCCGCCACUAUAAUCGUCCGCCAAAUGCUCUCGGUCGUUAAUCACAUUGGAACAUCUCAGUCCGAGAUUUCCCAGGUGGCGCUUAAAUCCUUGGGCACGGUCAUUAGAGAUUGUAAAAAAGUGGAAUUAACGGAAAAACAGCUAACAGACCUGUUGAAGAUGAUUGUUCCUGACCUCGAGGAUCCCGAUCGUCAAACCACGUUAUUUGCACUGUUGAGAGGAAUCAUGAGCAAGAAAUUCAUGGCUCCCGAACUCUACGAUUUAAUGGACCAGAUCCUCAGAUUGCUGGUUACCGCUCAAUCCAACCAGGUUCGAGAGAUUUGUCGAUCAAUUUUUUUGCAAUUUUUACUGGAUUAUCCUCAGGGUAAAGGUAGACUUUCUGGCUCCCUUCAAUUCCUCGUGAAAAAUCUCGCCUACCAGCAUGAGAGUGGACGUCAAUCAGUUCUCGAAAUUCUCAAUGCUAUCAACAUGAAGUUUAGUAGUGCACUGGUCUCUCAGAAUUCCGAUCUGUUCUUCGUGUCUCUGGUGAUGAGAGUAGCCAAUGAGAAUUCAGUCAAAUGCAAAGAAAUGGCAAUCGAGGUUUUGAAAGUCAUCUGUCGACGGAUCGAACUCCAGAAGACCGGAAAGUACUUGGAUAUGUUACUGACUUGGAGUCAAAAUAAAAACGGGCCAGUGGAGCUACGCAGAACGGCACUACAACUUAUAGGCGUCGUGGUCGAAGUCCGAGGAGCUGAAGAUAAAAUGAGACUUGCAAAAGUGCAUUCUGUGAUCUGUGAUAUACUCGAGAAAAUCGCAGUAGACUUCGUGGAAGAGGAAAGCGAUGUCACAUCUGAAUCGACUGGAUUAGAUUGGCAAACAGUUUAUUAUUCUCUCCAAGCACUUUCUAAACUUUACAACAUUGAUUCCAGCCUCGUGUGUCACCCGACGCCUCAAAACAAGUUCUCCGAAUGGAGUGCGAUCCAGAAGCUCUUAUUGUUUCCUCAUGCUUGGGUACGCUCGUCCGCAGCCAGGUUGAUCGGCACCUUACUCUCCUCUGGCGUGGAUGAAAAACUUUGGCUAUUUCAAACAGAUAACUUGCUCGCCAUCGCUCAGAAAUCUAGUCUGCAGCUUCGUAGUCAACACUUAGAUGAUGCCUUGGCCUUGCAGAUCGUCAAAAACCUUUUCUUCCUACUCAAGACAUUACAUCAACGUCUCAAGCCGGAUGCCCCGGGAUCAAGUGUGGAUCCUACCUCGGAAAGAUCUUCCCCGGCCGAUCAAACCGAAAUCUCUUUGAAAUCUCAACCCAACCCCGACAACGAAGAGGUCGAUGAAGAUGAUCAUUCCGAUUCUGCAGAGGAAGAGGAUGAUGAGCAUGAAAAUCAAACUGUCAAAGGCCCAGGAGCUGAAUUUAUUCGCCUGAUCAAGAGGCUGAGUCGGCAAGCAAGUAUCGCCCAUGCGAAGCGUCCUAGUGUAUAUUCAAGUGAUGCAGGUCAAUGGUCUCUUGAGGCAGCUUCCGUAUUGAGAUGUUUUGCCGCCUUAAUCAAUCAUCUCUCUGUUGAAGAUUUGUCCGGAAUCCUUCGGCCAUUGAUGAUUCCAAUCUUCCGGAUAAUCGAAGAUUCUAACAUAAAGGACCCUCAAAUGCAGGAACUGCAAAAUCUGGCCAAGGAAAUUCAAGAGUUCCUGAGAGAUAAAGUUGGAACAAAUAAGUUCUCUCAAGUUUAUGGUCAACUUCGAACCAUUGCGAUCGAGAAACGACAGGCCAGAAAGAAAUUGAUCGCUUUGAAGGCUGUUAACCAACCCGAAUCAAGCGCUAAAAGGAAAAUUUCUAGAUCUGAAUCUAAACUUAGAAACAAAAAACGUAAACAAGAAUCGUUUUCUAAACAAAAUGCAACAUUUGGGAAAUCGUCUUUGAAAGCCAGCCGUUCUUGA